GGCGAGUCUCCAUGGCGGCGGCGGCUGUGGCGGCGGGGCCGGUGUUCUGGAGGCGGCUGCUGGGCCUCCUGCCUGGCCGCCCCGGGCUGGCCGCCCUCCUGGGGCGCCUGUCCGACCGACUCGGCAGGAACCGGGACCGCCGGCGCAGGAGGCCACCAUGGCUGUUGUUGGCUCCUCUGCUGUCUCCAGCUGUCCCCUACGUCACCUUGCCUCCUUGCUGCCUGUGUCCGGAGGGCGUGCAUCGCUUCCAGUGGAUCAGAAACCUGGUUCCAGAGUUCGGAGUCUCCAGCUCUCACGUCAGGGUGCUUUCUUCACCUGCAGAGUUUUUUGAGCUCAUGAAGGGGCAGAUAAAAGUAGCCAAGAGGCGGGUCGUGAUGGCAUCCCUCUACCUGGGGACAGGUCCUUUGGAACAGGAACUGGUGGAUUGCCUAGAAAGCACUCUAGAAAAGUCACUCCAGGCGAAGUUUCCUUCCGACCUCAGGGUGUCCAUUCUCUUAGACUUCACGCGGGGCUCAAGAGGAAGGAAAAACUCUCGCACCAUGCUGCUCCCACUCCUACAGAGGUUUCCAGAACAGGUCCGAGUGUCCCUCUUCCACACGCCUAACCUCCGCGGGCUCCUCCGGCUCCUCAUCCCCGAGCGCUUCAACGAGACCAUCGGCCUGCAGCACAUCAAGGUGUACCUCUUUGACAACAGCGUCGUCCUGAGCGGCGCAAACCUGAGUGACUCCUACUUCACCAACCGGCAGGACCGCUACGUGUUCUUGCAGGACUGUCCUGAGAUUGCGGACUUCUUCACGGAGCUGGUGGACGCGGUGGGGGACGUGUCCCUGCAGUUGCGGGGGGACAACACGGUGCAGGUGGUGGAGGGGAUGGUGCAUCCUUACAAAGGUGACCGGGCUGCGUAUUGCAAGGCAGCCCAUAAGAGGGUUAUGGAUGUGAUCAACUCAGCCAGGACCCGCCAGCAGACGCUGCAUACCCAGACCUUCCACAGCAACUCCCUCUUAACCCAGGAAGAUGCAGCAGCCGCUGGAGACCGGAGGCCAGCCCCAGACACCUGGAUUUACCCAUUGAUCCAGAUGAAGCCCUUUGAGAUUCAGAUCGAUGAGAUUGUCACCGAGACCCUGCUGACAGAGGCCGAGCGAGGCGCUAAGGUCUACCUCACCACCGGCUACUUCAACCUGACCCAGGCCUACAUGGACCUGGUCUUGGGCACGCGAGCCGAGUACCAGAUCCUGCUGGCCUCGCCGGAGGUGAACGGCUUCUUCGGGGCCAAAGGGGUGGCAGGUGCCAUCCCGGCUGCCUACGUGCACAUUGAGCGGCAGUUCUACAGUGAGGUGUGCAGCCUGGGGCAGCAGGAGCGGGUCCAGCUGCAGGAGUACUGGCGGAGGGGCUGGACGUUUCAUGCCAAAGGCCUCUGGCUGUACCUGGCAGGGAGCAGCCUGCCCUGUCUCACGUUGAUUGGCUCUCCUAAUUUUGGGUACAGGUCAGUUCACCGGGACCUGGAGGCCCAGAUCGCCAUUGUGACGGAGAGCCGGGCCCUGCAGCAGCAGCUUCACCAGGAGCAAGAGCAGCUCUACCUGAGGUCUGGUGUGGUGUCCUCUGCCACCUUUGAGCAGCCGAGCCGGCAGGUGAAGCUGUGGGUGAAGAUGGUGACUCCGCUGAUCAAGAACUUCUUCUGAGAACAGCAGACCAAGCUUUUGAAAUCCAGAGCGUCUCGUUCCCCUCCGCUGGGACUUGCUGCAUGUCACGUGUGGUGGCAGCUGACGCGCUGGGCAGCACAGGACACACACACGAGUUUCUCUGAGGAUUGUGGCUCUUUAGGGCAAGGUGGGCAUUUAUGUCACUCCCACAGGGCCCUGCCUGGAUGGCCUCUGUUUACCAAAUGCGGGCAAGUUGAAGUUAAUUGAAUAAGAACUUGCUGAUUUAUCAAGUGUCUGAUGUGCUCUCAUGAGCUCUGGCUUAAAACAUUAAUAUCGGGGCUUCCAACAGGGGGGCGCCGUGGUUAAGAAUCCGCCUGCCAACGCAGGGGACACAGCUUCCAGCCCUGGUCCGGGAAGAUUCCCACAUGCCGCGGAGCAACUAAGCCCGUGCGCCACAACUACUGGAGCCCCGCGCUCUGGAGCCCCUGAGCCACAACUACUGAGCCCAUGUGCCACAACUACUGAAGCCCGCACGCCUAGAGCCCGUGCUCCACAACAAAGAGGAGCCACCGCAAUGAGAAGCCCGCGCACCGCAAUGAAGAACAGCCGCCGCUCGCCGCAACUAGAGAAAGCCCGCGCGCAGCAGCGAAGACCCAGUGCAGCCAAAAAAAAUAAAGAAAGAAGCAAAACAAAACUAAACAAACCAUUAAUAUCCUCUUGUUUGGAGGUUCUAGCAGGGGAGCGCAGCUACUCGUAUACCCUUGACCGAAGAACGGUCCUCCUCUAUUGGGGAAGGUCGUCCUCUUCGACCGAGCGCGCAGCUUCGGGAGGGACGCACGUGGAGCGGUGAGGGAGAAAGGGGACACCCGCCUAGCCAGCCGGAUCAGCCGAAUCAACCCUGGCGAUCAGUGGGGUGACAGAUGUCGCAGCCAGAUCGCCCUCACAUCCCAUUAAUAUCCUCUUGAUCGUCAUCUUGUGACUUGCACUCUUUCUCCCUGCUUGGUUAUCUCGGGUAUGUGCCGAGCCGCCUUUUCUGCAUCUUGCGUAUUUGCUUUGGGGACAGCUUCCACUCCUCCUGCAGAGUGGGGCUGGGCACACCCCAGUUUGCCUCCCCGGCACCCGCGAGCUGCCUCCUGGGAUGCGGGGCAGUGAGACUGACCCCGGGGGCGGUGCCGUCCGUGUGCCGCACCUGCCGGACGGAGCCCCCAGAGCGCCGUCAGAGACACGCUGCCACGCCUCGCCCUCAGAGCCCGAGUCGACUUCCUCAGAGCCGGGAGGACGGACUGGCUCGUCGCGGGCCGAGGGCGACAUCCUCGCAGGAGGUUAUUCAGCGUUGCCUCCCCGCCGCGAGCUGGGACAAAGGGAAGGUCAGGCUGCGCGGGCCUGGGGCCCCGGCCUGAUCACACGCUGCUGAGCGCGACACCGAGUGUCACUCACGCCUCACCCCGCUGGUCACUGGGGCACAUGGUGUGCGUUCUCGAGCAGUUUCUUACCCUGCUAGGGUUCUGUGGGUGUGUAACGAGGGAAGCGUCUGCGUAAAUGUCCUUAGAAACUUCUAGCAAGACUGCUUCUCCCACUCGAAUCUCCCCGGAGAGAACUGCUCUGACGAAGCUGCUGUGAUGAGGAAAUUCUUUCUUCACAUCUUCUUGCGUUUAUUUACUUGUGCGCGUGUCGUAAGAUGUGCCACCGGCGUUCAGCUCAGACCCUGUCAUAGGCGAGGUGAGCCCCGGCACCUGCCCACGGAGACCACCGUCCCCGUCCCCCGAGGAGGGCCGACUUCCGGUGUUCGGCCAGGAACUAAGCCAGCCACAUUCCAGGCUCAGGCUGGGGUGGCGGCCGUCCUGGGAGGUCGUCUUCCUCGGGGGUCUGGGAGCAGCUGGCCCAGGUCUCCCCUCCCAGUGCGUCUGAGCUUUGUUACGAUGGGCGAGACACCCUCCGCCCCUGGUCACUCAGUCCCCAGAGCUUGGAGGGGGUGUGUGAGCCUCGGGCCUCUAGCCAGGCCCCUGGGGCGCCCACCGUGCCCCAAAGCAGCGGGCGCCUUGGUCCUGGGGCGCUGGGACAGGGAGGGGGCGACGCAGGGGUGUGUCCGGGCGCCCUGGGCAGGUUCUCGGGAGCCUCCUGGGUAAGCGGAACGUCCACCUCUGUCGGUGUAGGAAGGCGCCGGCCGCAGGAGCACGGAGGGGCCCAGGGCUUACGGGGGUUCCUUCUGCCUCCCCCUGGGGGUCACGGAGACGGGUCCUGUGCCAGCGCCACGCUCCACAUAAGAUCCCAAGAGGCGCCACGUCAGGUGGGGAGAACGGCCGGCUCUCAGUUCCCGAGGGGGUGGCCACACCUGGAGGGGGGCCCGCA